AUGAGACCGGUCGACUCGCGACAGUCUCGAGCUGCCCUUAAACUUACAGUCACAGCAGCAGCACUGACGGCAACAAUGGCCGCUUUCCGCAGAGCGGCAGCGCUGGCCGGCAAACUGAACCCUUGGUCUGCGACUAAAAGCGAGCUUCUUGGGGCUCCCAGCCUGAACGGACGACGGACUCGGAGGUGUCUGACAGCCGGGCUGUGUGCCGCAGCGGGAGGUGUCCUGACUCUGUACUUUUAUAACAAAAUGUGGAGCGACAGGAAGAGGAUGAUGAGACGCAGCAUCAAUGGUCUGCCGCUGCCGUCCAUCCCCACCAUUGAAGCUAAAGAGAAGGCACGUCCAUUUGACUUUGAGGAUGGAGAUGUCUACAUGUCGUCCCACGAGCAUCGUUUCCGGAUGUUCAGCUCUGUAGAGUACGAAGGACAGCUGUACAUGACUCCACAGAACUUCAUCGAGUCCGUUACCAUGAGCGAACCAAGAAACAAGAGGCCAUGGAGGUCCCUGACCAAACAGGAACUGGAGAAAAUCUUGUCAGAUACUCCUCCCGUAUGGAGAGGAUCCUCCAAACUGUUCCGCAACCUGAGAGAAAGAGGAAUCAUCUCGUACACGGAGUAUCUGUUUCUGCUCUGCAUCCUGACAAAACCACAUGCUGGCUUUAAGAUUGCUUUCAAUAUGUUUGAUGCAGACGGCAACCAGAUGGUGGACAAGAGGGAGUUCUUGGUGCUCCAAGAAAUCUUCCGGAAGAAGAACGAGAAGAAGGGGAGGAGAGGAGAUGCGGAAAAGUCAGCUCAGUUGAGUAUGCAGCUGUAUGGAUAUCAGGUUGCCCCCAUGAGCAGCGUGUUAAAAAAAGACAGCCAAGAGUUUGUGGCGCGGAGUUACUGGGACGUUUUGAGGCGAAGCGCCAGUCAAGUCCUCUUUUCUGACCUGGCGGAGGAUUUUACCCUUGAGCGCUCGGAUGAGACCAUCACCAUUGACACCACCAUACUGGUCCAUUUCUUUGGAAAGAAGGGAAAAGCAGAGCUCAACUUUGAUGAUUUCUACAGGUUUAUGGAUAACCUCCAGACUGAGGUGUUGGAAAUUGAGUUUCUGACCUAUUCCAAAGGAAUGACCACAAUUAGCGAGGAAGACUUCGCCAAAAUCCUGCUGCGCUUUACCAACGUCGAGAACAUCAGCGCGUACAUGGAGAACGUGCGCCAGUGUAUUCCGGACGAAAAGAAGCAGGAGGGCAUCACCUUCGAUGAGUUCAGGUCAUUCUUCCAGUUCCUCAACAACCUUGAAGACUUCGCCAUUGCCAUGCAGAUGUACAACUUCGCUUCACGUUCCAUCGGACAAGAUGAGUUUGCAAGGGCGGUGUACGUAGCCACGGGACUCAAGCUGACACGUCACCUGGUGAACACCAUCUUUAAGAUCUUUGAUGUUGACCACGAUGACCAGCUGUCCUACAAGGAGUUCAUCGGCAUCAUGAAGGACCGGCUUCACCGGGGAGCCAGGGGGUAUAAGUCGGUGGAGAGAGCCUCCUCUUUUAGGUCAUGUCUGAAGAAGGAGCUGGCAAGCAGCAGGUGAAGGGCCGGCGCUGCACCUUCUUUUCCAGCUGCGUUCGCUCUGAAGCCCGGAGACAAGUACACCAGCUAUGGAGGACGUAUAAGGAGAGGCCUUAAAGGAAGUAAUAACUCUAAAUGAACUCAGACUUUUGAUUUAUAAGGAACCUGAUUGAGCAGCUUUCUCGUGUCAAAUACAGAUCUCUAAUCCAGCUUCCAAUAAUCACAAGCAUGACUGCAUUGACUGGAAAAUGAACAAUGAAGAUUCUAUUGUUUUUUUGGUUUUUUUGUACUUAUGCCAAUUCUGUCACACAGAAUGUAACAACAAAUAUGAUAUGCAUAUUUUCACUGUUUUUACAUUAAAAUUAUUGUUUCUAAUUUCAAUGCUUAACUGUAAUAAAAUUGCAACUUGUUUAUAUGCUAAAUCAAUAUCACAGUUUAUUUUUUAAUAAUUUUUGACCAAUUUUGGUUAAUUCCUGUACAACUGGUUAUUAACUUGAAGAGCACAAGAAUUAAUAAAUACAAUAUAUAAUGUAUGUAAAAUGUCAUAAGCAUGUUGAAUUUAACGUUUGAAAUUAAGACUUCAAACAUGCACAUGACUAACAAUGAAGAAUUAAAUAGCUGUAUUUCAAAUGUU